CCAAAACCUAAUGGUAUGAGACGAAAUGUUCCUUGCAGUCUGCAAAACAGCAGUUCGAAGAUCCUGUGAGACAUCAGCGUUGCACUCACAGCCUGGAAAGGAUCUCAUCAAGAGUUGUCGCGUCAUGAACAAGCAUCUUUUUAUUAACUUUCAGUUCCCUCGGUCUAUGUCCGCAUCCCGCACUGCGCUUUGUGGGCCUUUUCCCGCGUACGAACGCCGUUGAGUCUAGCCCUUCCAUGGCCGAGCAUCAUUGAAGCCUGCUCCGAGCCUUGGCUCAGAGCGAGCUGCAAGCCUCGUCGAAAAUGACGCGAGGCCCUCGCAUGGCAAUCGCCGCUGCAAUCUCAGAGGCUGUAUAUAUCCUCAGGAUCCAUCUGGAAACCUUAUUCGCGCGUCUUCAGCUGUGUGCAUCCUUUUUCUCCGGUGCUAUACGCGGCCUAUUGCGGACGAUUCACGCUGAUUUCAGUUGCUUUUUCGUGCGAAGAUGCCGUCCACAAGUGCAUUUUUCGCUGUCAGCGCGGCUGUUGGUUGUGCCUUGGCGCAGAGAGUACCUACAUCUGCCCAGAUCGUUGACCAGAAGAUCUUCAACGUGUUGCCAAGUGUUCCGCCGCCCGCGGUAGCCAACGAUUCCACGCUGUUCGUUUGGCCUGGUGUCACAGAGGAGUCUCUGCUGGCUAAGCCCUUCCACAUCUACGACGAGGAGUUCUACGAUGUCAUUGGAUCCAACCCGUCCUUGACUCAGAUUGCCUCCUCGGAGUCUGACCCCAUCUUUCACGAGGCUGUCACAUGGUACCCUGUCCGUGAUGAGGUCUUCUUUGUGCAGAACGCCGGUGCUCCUGCUGCGGGCACUGGUCUGAACAAGUCUUCUAUCAUCCAGAAGAUCUCUCUUGCUGACGCAGAGAGGGUCCGCAACGGUACUCUCAAGGCUGCACCUGUGACCAUUGUCAACACGACCAACCCCCAGGUCAUCAACCCCAACGGUGGCACCAACUACAAGGGCAACAUUAUCUUCGCCGGUGAAGGCCAAGGUGACAAUGUCCCCUCGGCGUUGUACGUUAUGAAUCCUGAGGCGCCGUACAACACGACUACUCUCAUCAACAACUACUUCGGUCGCCAGUUCAACUCCCUCAACGAUCUGGUUGUCAGCCCCAGGAACGGUGACCUCUACUUCACCGACACUCUCUACGGCUACCUCCAGGACUUCCGCCCCGUUCCUGGUCUACGAAACCAGGUGUACCGUUACAACUUCAAGACUGGCGCCAUCACCGUCGUCGCUGAUGACUUCACUCUCCCCAACGGUAUCACAAUCUCCCAUGAUGGCAACAAGGCCUACGUGACCGACACUGGUAUCGCCCUUGGUUUUUACGGCCGCAACCUGUCCUCUCCCGCCUCCAUCUACUCCUUCGAUGUCGCCAAGGACGGUACCUGGGAGAACCGCAAGACCUUUGCUUACGUUCCGUCUUUCAUCCCUGACGGUGUCCACACUGAUUCCAAGGGCCGUGUCUACACUGGCGCUGGUGACGGUGUCUGGGUCUACAACACCUCUGGCAAGCUCAUCGGCAAGAUCUACACUGGUACCGUUGCUGCUAACUUCCAGUUCGCUGGUAAGGGACGCAUUGUUAUCACUGGCCAGACUAAGCUGUUCUACGCCACUGUUGCUGCUUCUGGCGUGCCUAUCCAGUAAUCGAUGGAUGUUCGACCCUGACUUAUACCAACGACCGAUAUGCAGAUGUACAUAGACCCUAAUAGAAGAUGUUGUAAUGGAUGAAGUUCUACUGGGCCGUCGCUUUGCAUUGUUCAACCCCCAAUGACCAGUAACAUGCAAACAUUUUCAUAUACAGACGGCAGCUCUCUCAGCUACUGAUGCCUCACAGUGUCGUCUCAUACCACAUAUCUCAACAACACCAGGGUGUCUUGCAAAAAUUCCUCAGCCAGACACAUGCGUCUCACGUUUCGAAGAAAGUAUUUCACAUUCUGGCACUACCGCCGCACACCCUCCUACACUGCUUCCAGUCGUCAACGCAUGGCUGAACAGAAAGCAACGUACUUGGACCACCUUGAGCGUUGGCUCAAUUAUGAGGAUGAGGUGGAUCCCCCUCAACAUGCCGAAGGCGAG